AUGUCUGGCCUGCAGCCUGACAAGCAGAGUCAGCCUCCCUCUAAUCCCAGCAACGGCAUCCACUUCCAAAACUGGAACUACACGACCCAGUGGCAGACAUUUUACAUUAUAUUCCAGAUCCGCUUCAUUCUGAUCCAGAACCGAGCUGGCAAGACACGACUUGCCAAAUGGUACAUGCAAUUCGACGAUGAUGAAAAGCAAAAGUUGAUCGAAGAGGUACAUGCAGUUGUGACUGUCAGAGAUGCCAAGCACACUAACUUUGUAGAGUUCCGAAACUUCAAGAUCAUCUACCGACGCUAUGCUGGACUCUACUUCUGCAUUUGUGUUGACGUGACUGAUAAUAACCUGGCAUAUCUCGAAGGAAUUCACAACUUUGUAGAGGUGCUCAAUGAGUACUUCCACAACGUUUGCGAACUGGAUCUCGUCUUCAACUUCUACAAGGUGUAUACGGUGGUGGACGAGAUGUUCCUCGCUGGGGAGAUCAGGGAGACCAGUCAGACAAAGGUCCUUAAGCAGCUCCUCAUGCUCCAGUCGCUCGAGUAG